AUGGCCGACAAAUCAGCACGAAUUGCAGAACUCAAAGCGCGACUUGCAAAACGCAAAGUCCUUUCGGAAACAAUUACAACAAAAAUAGAGAAAGAAGCAGAAAAAAAAGUAACGAAACCGAAUGAGGCCCUCAAGGCAUUUUUAUCUGGAGGUGGCGCAAUCAAACCGAUAAAACGGAAGGCGGCUUUGGACUUUGACAUUAAGUCCUUGGCUGAGAAGGAAGAGGAGUUAAAAGCCGCUCGAAUUAAACGACAAUUAAUUUUCAAAGGUGUUUUGAAGGGCGACGAGACGAGUCAAAUUGAGGGUAUCGCACCGUUUACUGGUGAUAUUGAGUGGUGGGACGCGCCUUUUAUAUCCGACAAAACGUCAACACCUCACACAUCAUAUCCCGAGAUUGACAAUAGUGAGAUUGAGAAAGUGUUGGAAGGAAAAGAUUCAAAAGUUUUGGCGGCUCAGAUUAAUCGGAGCGUUGAGCAUCCUGCCACGUCGCAGAUUGUCACAUCUGGAGACAUCCAAGUGAAGACAAUUUUGACGAAGCAGGAGAUGAAGAAAAUGAGAAAGCUGAGAAGAGAAGAAGAACAUGAAAAGGAACGCGAUGAGAUUCUGAUGGGACUGAGACAGGCUCCACCAGAUAAAUUGAAGUUCUCGAAUAUGGCGAAGAUAUUCCCAGAAGAGAUAGUGACGAACCCAUCGGAGGUCGAGAGAAGAGUAAAAGAGGCGAUGGACCAACGAAGAGAGAAACACGAGAAGGAUAACAACGACCGAAAAUUAACAAAGAGCGAGAGGAAGAAGAAAGAAUGGGAGAAGAUGAUGAAAGAGCGAGAAGAGGGACUUUUGUUGAACGUUUUUAAAGUCGACAAAACUGAUGGGCAGAAGUUCACAAAACUUUGGCAAGUAGCGAAGGAAUUGUGUGUGACGGGCUUCGCAUUUAUGUUUAACGAAAAGUUGCUAAUAGUGGCGGAGGGGUCCAAAAAGUCGAUUGUGAAAUAUGAAGGAUUUUGCACCAAAAGAAUGAAAUGGGUUGUAGAAGAUGAGGACCAAGGGUCCAAGUACUGCAAUAAAAUAUGGGAGGGCAAAAGCGACAAGUCGUUAUUCACCAGAUUUGCUUGUGAAAAGUGUGAGAAAGAGGAGAGCGUUUUAGACAUUUUGAGGUUGAAAGGACUCGAGUUUUUGUGGAAAUUGAUGAAGUGCGAUUGA